UUUUGCCAAUUCAUGGAUCAUUCAAAAACUGCAUGAAGCUUUGACCUGAUCUAUCAAGCCUUGCUUUUCAAGAUCCAAUCUUCCCUGAUGUCUUCUGAUGGCUUCAGUCCAAUACAUUUUGUUUUUCCUACUAAGCAGCUAGCUACCACCAAGUCAAUGGUCCUUAUCUUCUGAUUCCUGCAGCUUUACCACUAUUUCUUCAUCACCUUCACCCUUCAUCUCCAUUCAUUCUCAUCUUUCUUCCCCAUUCUACCUUUCCAAGCCAUGAAAUCCACCAGAAGAAGCUGCUCCUCUUAUUUCAGCUUCAUUUAUCUCACACUCUUCUUCCUCAGAAGCAUUAAAGCUGCUCAAGAAUCUGACAGGGUCUUUAAUCUCCCUGGCCAGCCAACUGCUCCACCCAUCUCUCACUUCGCAGGUUACAUUACAGUGAACGAACGAAAUGGCAGGGCCCUCUUUUACUGGUUCUUUGAGGCUCAAACUUUGCCAUCAAAGAGACCUCUUCUCCUCUGGCUCAAUGGAGGCCCUGGCUGCUCAUCCAUUGGCUAUGGAGCAGCUGUGGAAUUGGGGCCUCUCAGGGUCAGUACACAUGCAACAGGGCUUCAGUUCAAUAAAUAUGCUUGGAAUAAAGAGGCAAAUUUACUGUUUGUGGAGUCUCCUAUUGGUGUUGGAUUCUCUUACACUAACACAUCCUCUGAUCUAUCAAAAUUAGAUGAUGGAUUUGUGGCUGAGGAUGCUUAUAGCUUCCUUGUAAACUGGUUGAGCAAGUUCCCAGAGUACCAAUCACAUGAUUUUUACAUAGCAGGAGAAAGCUAUGCAGGUCACUAUGUUCCCCAGUUAGCUGAGCUUGUGUAUGAUCACAACAAGGAUGCAAACAACUUCCCCCACAUUAAUCUCAAGGGCUUCUUAGUUGGCAACCCUGAAACUGAUGACUACUAUGACUCAAAGGGGUUGUUGGAAUAUGCAUGGAGCCACUCUGUGGUUUCGGACCAAGUUUACGAGCUCGCCAAGCGUGUCUGCGACUUCAAGCUCUUAGACUGGACAAAUCGAUGCAACGAGGCCAUGAAUGCUGUCUUCAAACAGUACAAUGAGAUUGAUAUCUACAACAUUUAUGCUCCAAAGUGCAACCUUCCUCAGUCCUCAUCAUCAGCUGUUGAUCCUGAUGAAAGUAGUGUCACUAAGAAAAGCUUGGCGAGGAGAAUAAGAAGGUACUCAGGGUAUGAUCCAUGCUUCUCGAACUAUGCCGAAGAGUAUUUCAAUAGAAUUGAUGUGCAGAAAUCACUACAUGCCAAUGUGACAGGAAAAGUUGGAAGGUGGAGUGUUUGCAAUGACUCCAUAUUGGGAACAUACAAUUUCACAGUCCUAUCUGUUCUCCCAAUCUACUCCAAGCUCAUAAGAGCAGGCCUGAGAAUUUGGAUCUACAGUGGAGACGCUGAUGGCAGAGUGCCAGUGAUUGGAUCUAGAUACUGUGUUGAAGCUUUAGGCCUUCCUCUCGAGUCUCAGUGGCAGCCAUGGUUUCUAAACCACCAGGUAGGAGGAAGGUUUGUGGAGUACAAAGGGUUGUCCAUGGUGACAGUUAGAGGAGCAGGGCACUUGGUGCCACUGAACAAGCCACAAGAAGCUCUUGUGCUGGUCAACUCAUUCUUGAAGGGUCAGCGUCUUCCAACACUUCGACGAUAGAUUGCUUUUCUUGCGAGAUCGAAUCGAAUUCAGAUGCAAGUUUAGAUCCAUUUUCUUGAAGUAAAACUGAGGUUUUGAUGUAGUGUUGGUUUGAAUUAACUGGCCAAAAAUAUUGGAUGGAAAAAACAAAUGGAAUAAUGAUUAUAUAUAUAUAUAU